AUGGCUCAGGAUGUUGCGAAGCAGCUUCGAGAUGAGUACCACACAUUAAGCGAUGCUUGGGAGAGUUUCUUCCACAAGUAUAGUGAAGAAUCCGUAUCUAGUCCUCUGUCAACCAGACAUCUGCUCGAGCUUGAGGAGCUGGAGCGGGAGGUCGAAUGGGCGGUAACCCGCUUUGGCCAAUAUGUCGUUGUCGAGAAUGAAAUGGUCCGAAAUGCUGCCCGCGAGCAGCUCGCUGCGAUUGACAGGUUUCUCAGACCGAGGCUUGAGGCCGACCGACGUCUCAUAAGUCUCGCGAUAUCCCGCAGUUCGGACUCCAGCUCAGAUUAUUUGGUCAGAUCACUUUGA